AUGAGCAGCACGAGUGGUGUGGCGAAGAGCGGCGCGUGCACGGGCGAGGGGCUUCUGCACGUGCUGCGCAAUUCCACCAAUCCAUCGCAGGUGGAUGCGGUGCUGCUGCAGCUGCUGCACAGUCUCAGCACCCCAACGGAAUGCGUCGUCUGCCUGUCGCCGGCGAGCCUCUGCUGUUUGCUGCGUCUCCUCGUCGAGCGCACCGAAGAUGCUUGGCUGGAGGUGCGGAAGAAGAUCGCCUUUGUAUUCAGCGACUUGGUGUCAAAGGGCCAUGGCGACGUGCUGGCAGACGCGCUCCUCUACGGCACUUUACAAACCACUACGUGUGGCGAGGCGCAUGUCAGUCUCAUCGAUUUUGGCGACGCAUCCCCAGAUGAUGGCGCACCAACUGCCGUGCUAAGUGAAGCAAGGGAGCUCAUCGGCAGACUGGCAAGCGCGCACGGCACAGUGGAGCGCUGUGUUCCUGCAGCCGACGUGUUCAGGACAUUCACGCGUGUGCCUGCACUUUUGGAGAUCAUCAUGCUGCCCACUCCACUGGAAAACAACGGGGCCAAUAGCAAGGCACCCUUUCAGCAGCAGCAGCAGCAGCAGGAACAAGAAAGACCGAAACAGCAUCAUUUCCAUGAAUCAUGCGUUGGGAUUUUGUGCCGUAGCGUUGCGUCAGACACUACAGUUCUUUGCACAGAAACGUGGCGCUCGUUGACGACAACGCUCUAUACAAAUAAGGGUCUCUCCGCUUCGCUGCUGUUACAUUUUUUUACUGAAUUUGUGGUGAUGUUAGUGGGCUGCCUCCAAGGGGCAAACUUCGUUGCGAAACUCCAUGCCCUGGAGUUCUUGGCAGCUCUUCUUGAAGAUUCUGCUUUUUUAAAGGCUCGUCGGAAGUUUGCUGAGUCGCCGGCGCUUCUUUGUGCCCUCAUCCCCUUGACAAACAGCCCAUCUGCGCAUAUCCGCUUUCUCACCUUCGACACACUUAAAGUGUUCAUCGCGAAAGGGAACAAACCUGCACCUAUUCGGUAUAUCCUUUACAUCAACCGCGAGAUGCUCGCUCGCUACGUAGAAGACUACUCCACGGGGGAACUGACAAUUGACAAACGCCUUGAGAUAGAGAAGCAGAAGCUGCUGCAAAGCCUCAUCUCGCUGGAACCGCUGAGUCACGAAGAGGAGGUGUUUCUCAGUGUUGCGUGA